GGGAGGGGAUGGGCCGGAGCUCCGGGCAGUGUGCGAGGCGCACGCACAGGAGCCUGCACUCUGCGUCCCGCACCCCAGCAGCCGCGCCAUGAGCCGGAGUCUCUUGCUCCGGUUCUUGCUGUUCCUGCUCCUGCUCCCGCCGCUCUCCGUCCUGCUCGCGGACCCAGGGGCGCCCACGCCAGUGAAUCCCUGUUGUUACUAUCCAUGCCAGCACCAGGGCAUCUGUAUCCGCUUCGGCCUUGACCGCUACCAGUGUGAUUGCACCCGCACGGGCUAUUCCGGCCCCAACUGCACCAUCCCUGGCCUGUGGACCUGGCUCCGGAAUUCACUGCGGCCCAGCCCCUCUUUCACCCACUUCCUGCUCACUCACGGGCGCUGGUUCUGGGAAUUUGUCAAUGCCACCUUCAUCCGAGAGAUGCUCAUGCGCCUGGUACUCACAGUGCGCUCCAACCUUAUCCCCAGUCCCCCCACCUACAACUCAGCACAUGACUACAUCAGCUGGGAGUCUUUCUCCAACGUGAGCUAUUACACUCGUAUUCUGCCCUCUGUGCCUAAAGACUGCCCCACACCCAUGGGAACCAAAGGGAAGAAGCAGUUGCCAGAUGCCCAGCUCCUGGCCCGCCGCUUCCUGCUCAGGAGGAAAUUCAUACCUGACCCCCAAGGCACCAACCUCAUGUUUGCCUUCUUUGCACAACACUUCACCCACCAGUUCUUCAAAACUGCUGGCAAGAUGGGUCCUGGUUUCACCAAGGCCUUGGGCCAUGGAGUAGACCUCGGCCACAUUUAUGGAGACAAUCUGGAGCGUCAGUAUCAACUGCGGCUCUUUAAGGAUGGGAAACUCAAGUACCAGGUGCUGGACGGAGAAAUGUACCCGCCCUCGGUAGAAGAGGCGCCUGUGUUGAUGCACUACCCCCGAGGCAUCCCGCCCCAGAGCCAGAUGGCUGUGGGCCAGGAGGUGUUUGGGCUGCUUCCCGGGCUCAUGCUGUAUGCCACGCUCUGGCUACGCGAGCACAAUCGUGUGUGUGACCUGCUGAAAGCUGAGCACCCCACCUGGGGCGAUGAGCAGCUUUUCCAGACGACCCGCCUCAUCCUCAUAGGGGAGACCAUCAGGAUUGUCAUUGAGGAGUACGUGCAGCAGCUGAGCGGCUACUUCCUGCAGCUAAAAUUUGACCCAGAGCUGCUGUUCGGUGUCCAGUUCCAAUACCGCAACCGCAUUGCCAUGGAGUUCAACCAUCUCUACCACUGGCACCCCCUCAUGCCUGACUCCUUCAAGGUGGGCUCCCAGGAGUACAGCUACGAGCAGUUCUUGUUCAACACCUCCAUGUUGGUGGACUAUGGGGUCGAGGCCCUGGUGGACGCCUUCUCUCGCCAGAGUGCUGGCCGGAUCGGUGGGGGCAGGAACAUGGACCACCACGUCCUGCACGUGGCUGUGGAUGUCAUCAGGGAGUCUCGGGAGAUGCGGCUGCAGCCCUUCAAUGAGUACCGCAAGAGGUUUGGCAUGAAGCCCUACACCUCCUUCCAAGAGCUCGUAGGAGAGAAGGAGAUGGCAGCAGAGUUAGAGGAAUUGUAUGGAGACAUUGAUGCGUUGGAGUUCUACCCCGGACUGCUUCUUGAAAAGUGCCAUCCAAACUCUAUCUUUGGGGAGAGUAUGAUAGAAAUUGGGGCUCCCUUUUCCCUCAAGGGUCUCCUAGGGAAUCCCAUCUGUUCUCCGGAGUACUGGAAGCCGAGCACAUUUGGCGGCGAGGUGGGCUUUAACAUCGUCAAGACGGCCACACUGAAGAAGCUGGUCUGCCUCAACACCAAGACCUGUCCCUACGUUUCCUUCCGUGUGCCGGAUGCCAGUCAGGAUGAUGGGCCUGCUGUGGAGCGACCAUCCACAGAGCUCUGAGGGGCAGGAAAGCAGCAUUCUGGAGGGGAGAGCUUUGUGCUUGUCAUUCCAGAGUGCUGAGGCCAGGGCUGAUGGUCUUAAAUGCUCAUUUUCUGGUUUGGCAUGGUGAGUGUUGGGGUUGACAUUUAGAACUUCAAGUCUCACCCAUUAUCUGGAAUAUUGUGAUUCUGUUUAUUCUUCCAGAAUGCUGAACUCCUUGUUAGCCCUUCAGAUUGUUAGGAGUGGUUCUCAUUUGGUCUGCCAGAAUACUGGGUUCUUAGUUGACAACCUAGAAUGUCAGAUUUCUGGUUGAUUUGUAACACAGUCAUUCUAGAAUGUGGAGCUACUGAUGAAAUCUGCUAGAAAGUUAGGGGGUUCUUAUUUUGCAUUCCAGAAUCUUGACUUUCUGAUUGGUGAUUCGAAGUGUUGUGUUCCUGGCUGAUGAUCCAGAACAGUGGCUCGUGUCCCAAAUCUGUCAGCAUCUGAGUGUCUAGAAUGUGGAUUUGAUUCAUUUUCCUGUUCAGUGAGAUAUCAGAGAGAGGGAUAUCCUAAGGUCCAACAAGAAUGCAUUCCCUGAAUCUGUGCCUGCACUGAGAGGGCAAGGAGGUGGGGUGUUCUUCUUGGGACCCCCACUAAGACCCUAGUCUGAGGAUGUAGAGAGAACAGGUGGGCUUUAUUCACGCCAUUGGUUGGAAGCUACCAGAGCUCUAUCGCCAUCCAGGUCUUGACUCAUGGCAGCUGUUUCUCAUGAAGUUAAUAAAAUUCACUUUCUAAA